CGGGCCGCUUAAAUGCUGUGCUAUUGCUCUAACUGUCUUAGUAAAGAGAGAAUUCUUCUCUCAUGUCUUUGUCAUGAGGGCAAUAGCCUUGUGGAUACUAUAUUCGUCGUAUCAUCACAACAGUUCAGCUUCUCCAUACCAUCAAAUUCUUCUCUUCGGCAUUAGCAAAUCUUACUCAGAAAAAAAAAAGAGUUUUGUCAACAGCCGUCCCCUGACGUUACACACACCAUAUAUCUGCUUUGAAUCGAGCAGUAUGUGCCAAGGAAGUUAUAAAUGGUAUGCCUCUGGCUGCGGGCAUAGCGGCGGUUAUGGUCUACUUAGGUGUGCCCGUCCGAACUGCACGUCCCCGAAGGUGCCAAAAGUAUGCGAGACCGGAGUCCGUCGCAAGUGUAGGAUUGGUGGCAGUAUCCCAUACCCUGUGCGAGAAGCUAAAAGCUGAAUUUGAACUCGAAAAGGCCAAGUAUGACCAACAGCGGGACGAAAUCGCCGAGAGAGAGCGCGGUAUCUGUAGCGAGGAAGUGACAAACCUCACUCAAGCUCAACGGCUCGAUGAGCUCUGCCUGCAACUUACGGAUGACUCGUAUUACAUACGUUUCAGAAAACAGAAAAUCAGAGAAUAGUCUAAGAUGCUUCAGAAGGCAAUCUUCAAAGUUCCAAUUCAGCUCUACCUCGG